CCAGCCUCAGCAGGCUGCCGUGUCGGAAUGUUCUGGGGGGUGCAUGGGAUUGGAGCCGUGGGACGAGGCCUGCUGGACGCUCAGAGCAGGCAGGGAGGGCCUGUGCCCACCACCAACUUCCGGGCAGUGCGGGGCACCUGCCGGGCCUCGCCCGCUGCCCCCUCUCCCAGAGGGGCAGCAGGACAGCCCGCCUGGACAGCGGGGGGGAUGCGUGUGGUCCGGCGGGAGGAGCUCUGGCGGGGAGGCUGCCAGGGUCUUCCACGGCCACUUGGGGGUCCUGCAGUGGCAGCUGCCACUGCCCAGACCGUGUCCUGCCGUGACCUGUGCCAGGAGGACAGCUCUGCCUCGCGGCCCCCGGGGGUGGUGCAGUUACUGGCCCUCGGCCGCUCCUUCCCUGCACUUUGCUCCCUUGAGGCAUGGAAAGGGCGAGGGAGGCUGCCCUGGCUCUGGGGAGGACGGGCCCACGCGUGGCUGGAGGGAGAGGGCCACAUCCUCUCGUGCCAGCCUGGCCUCCAGCUGCCCGCCGAGGGUGGGCAGGGCACCCAGACCUGGGGCAGGCUGGUCGGGCAGGCGUCCGGAGCAGGUAAACUCCAGGCUUCCACAGCGCUGCGUGGUGGAGGAGGGCCGGCAGCCGGCCUCCUCUCUGGACAGGCCUGGGCUCCCCGCCCGGCUGAGCUGCGGGGCCUUGGGCAGAUAGCGGCCCAUCCACUGCCUGCGCUCAGGCCUGAGAGCAGCCGUCUCUAGCCAUCAGCUGGAGAAUCCAGAGUUUUUGCAAAAGCCAAACGUUUUUUGAUUUUCCAGUUUCGUGCCGUGUGGCUUGAGGGUGAGACUCAGGCAACAGGGCUGUGGUGCUGUUCAGCCUUCCAGUUGGGAGCGGGCUCGUUGCGAGGUGGUAUCCUCUGCCCUGGUGUCACGGUGAGCCGGCUUGUGAGCUCGGCUCGACCCUCCAUCCCUGUUCACUGAAGGCAGGAGCCAGAGGGCCGCAGAGCCUGAGGACGAGCCGGGCGCUGCCCCGGGGGCGGCGGGGCACGGGUGGGGGGCCUGCAAAUGAAGCCUGGGGGCGGUCUCCCUAAUGGUUGUUCCUGGGCAGAGUGUCUGUCUCUGGAUUUAUUUCUCUGGGAAGCGUCCGCUUCCUCCACGUCACCACGGUUUCGGCCGGAGGUCCCUCCCGGUUCCUGACCCCCCGCGUCUCCCGGCAGCGCUGCCCCUCCCCCGGCCUUGUGCCUCUUUCCCGGGGCUGAUCUCAGCCUUCAGGUAGCCGGACGCCCAAGGCAUCGGUUUCCAGGAGUCUUGGUUUCCGAUGCUGCAUUUAACGCCGCACCUUCCCCCCGAGUUCUGUUCGUCACCGGUUUGAUGUGUAGGGGUGCAUCGUCCUUCCUGUUUUCUGAUUUUCGCCGUGUCUCCUUCAACAUUUCCAGAGAAACACAGGGCUGUGUCUUGAUGUCGCUUAGCUGUUUGUUUCUGGCUGUGAAGGAGCCCGGUCCAUCUGUUUUGGUUUUUGCACAGGACAGGCUUGUUUUGUGGUUAGUUAUAUAAACACUCCGAGUUCCCUACUUGGCGAAAGCUCCCGCCUGGAGGGGACACACGUUUGCUCACCAGGGCUUGUCCUGGGUUCCUGUGAGCAGCCGGCACCACGCUGUGCAGUCCAAGCUCAGACGUGUGUGAUAACCAAGGGGCCAGCAGCUGGAGAUGCGGUGGCUCGAGCCCUGAGGACGAGGGUGCAGAUGAGCCAGAGUGUCCUGGGGGCCAAGGGAGCAGCAGAGGGACCCAGGGGGCGGCCGCAUGAGAGCAGCUGGAGCCCAGCAGAGCACGUGGAGUUUUCAGGGACCGGACAGGACAGGGAAUCUGGAGACGAAGGGGAGGCCAGAGGGCAGGAGGGAAGGAGAGAGGAGGUCAGCCAGGGUCUCAGAGCCAGGGGUCCGGAGGAUCGUCGACAUGGACGCUGAGCCCACCACGCCAAGGGCAGGGGUAGCACGGGAGGGCGACACGGGGCCAGACGUAAACCCCUGGGGCCCAAACCUGGUGCGUGAGUUCCACCCCAGGGCUGCAGCUACCGCUCAGGGCCACUUGCGUCUUAUUCUUUACUUAGUUUUGAUUUUUUUUUCUUUUAUAAUUCUAGACAUAUUUAUAUUCUAUUUUCAUCCCCAAACCGGUACCUUACUGUUCUUUACUCUUAGAGCUUUGAUCACCCUGCUUGCGGUCACCAUCAUGGUGAAUUGUUCCUUGUGUGUCCUGUUGUUUUUCAUUGUGAGCUCACCUUAGUGCAGCUUUUUCCCUCUGGUGGCUGAGGGCCAGGUCCCCAGGGCCGUCCCCAGGACCAACCUCCUGAGCACACAUGGAAAUAAAUCCUAAUCCAAAGGCCAGAGCUGGGUCCUUCUAGACCUUUCCUUUUCCCAAGCAAGGGGUGUGGUGCUGCUGAUGGAGACCCCGCCCCCUCCUCGGGCAGUGCUGGACGGGGGCCCCCAGGCUCUGUGGGAACCGCAGCCCCCGGCUGGUGCCCUUCAGACCCCUGAGAGGUGUGUGUGGCCUUGCCUAUCCAUCCUGGAGGGUGACAGCUGUCCUCAGGGUCUGUUUGAGGCCAUCUCAGGUCCUCCCUGGGCUGGACCCCAGCAGGUCCUCGGUCAAGGGAGCCGCAGUGACCUGAACCACUGGAGCGGGCAGGGCGUGGCGGGCUGGCCGUGCACAGGGCCCUGCUGGUCACGCAGAGGACGCCCGGCUGCUCUAGAGACGGUGCUCCGGGAGGAAGCCCAGAGGGGAUUCGCCGCCCUGGAGGACCCGCUCGCCGCCCUCCUGGACAUGCUGGACAGCAGCCGGGGCUGGCGGGGGAAGGGCCCCUCCCUGGAGGCCUGGGUCACCCGUGAGCUGAAGCGCUGCUUGCAGGCACAGCUGUGCCCGGGGCCGGCCCGGGGCAGCCCAGGGCUGAAGCAGCUGCAGGCCCGUGCGGUCAAGCUCCUCGCCGAGAGCCCCCCCGGCCUCAUAGAGCCACUGGUCAGCAUCUUCCAGCUGCAGGACGCAGACCGGAGCCCCCUGCUGGCUCAAGUCCACCGGCUGCACCAGGAGGGCAAGUUCAAAGAAGCCAUCGUGCUGGGCGCAAAGCUGCGGCUGCAGGCAGAUCUUGAUGUUGAGAAGAUGUGCCUCCCCCUGCUCCUCCAGGACAAGGCAGACCUCGUGGAACGCUACGUGGAUGGCUUUCCCGACCUCCAGCGGAGGCUGCUGGCCCUCAUGGACUCCUGGUGCCAGCCCGGCUUUGACAUCAGAGUCGUCGCCAGAAGGUACCCGCAGACGACCUUGAGGCUGGAGAGGCUGAGCCCCAGAGCGCUGGGUCGGCAGGUCCUGCGGCUGCUGGAGCAGCAUGGCCUGGACCCUGACCUGUGUCCCAACGUCAUCACCCAGCAGCGCCUGGCCGCCCUGCGGUAUCUGUGCUACAAGAGACUGGUAGAGAGAAGCGUAUCUCGGGAGAGCUGGGCCGAGCAUGUGCAGGGCCUGGUCGGGCAGGACCAGUGGCUACAGGAGCAGCUGCUGCAGCUGCUGACAUCUCACGACAACACGGCCCUGGUCGCCCAGUGUGCCCUGGACCUCCUGCUGCCCGAGGAGCGACUCCCGGCCUCGGUGGCCGCAGAGCUCCGCCAACUCAGGAUCCAGGAGAGGACGGCUGAGGCCCCUCUGGAGGACGGGAAGGACGAUUACUACCAGCUGCCCAUCCCCAGGGAGCACCUCCACUUCCUGGCCUCGUGGGAGGACCUGGCCAGGCACCAGGAGGAGCUCCUGCAGCCCGGCCAGGUGGUCGGCAUGGACCUGGAGUGGAGGCCCUCGUUCGGAGCCGGGGGCCGGCCCCGGGCGUCGCUCAUGCAGGUGGCCGUGGAGGGCCGCGUGUUCCUGCUGGACCUGCCCCGGCUCUCAAGUCCAGCAGGAGGGCAGGCGCCCCAGGCCUUCUUCCGGCUGGUGUCCCGGCUGCUCGCGGACCCCUCCAUCACCAAGCUGGGUUAUGGGUUGGCGGGGGACCUGCGGAGCUUGGGUGCCUCCUGCCCGGCCCUGGCCCAGGCCGAGAAGCAGCUGCGGGGCAGCGUGGACCUGCUGCAGGUGCACAGGCAGAUGCGGGCAGCAGACAGGCCAGCCCCAGGUGCGGAUGGGGCCGCAGGGCCGCGGGGCCUCAGCCUCCUGGUGCAGCAGGUGCUGGGCAAGCCCCUGGACAAGGCGCAGCAGCUUUCCAACUGGGACCGGCGGCCGCUGUGCGAGGGGCAGCUGGUCUACGCAGCCGCUGAUGCCUACUGCCUGCUGGAGGUGUACUGGGCUCUGUGCAGAGAGCCUGCGCGCUUCCGCCUGUCGGGGGACCUGGCCAGGAGCCUGAGGCUGGGACGCGGUGAGAGAGCAGGGCCUGGGGAGCUGCCGCCCCUUCAGAAGGCCUCGACCUCACCCCAGCAGGUGCCCGCGGGUGAGGACGCGGCCCCCGAGGUCCCGGCCAGGGCCUUCCGCGUGGUGUGUGACAGCAUGCUGCAGGGGCUGGCGCGGAGACUCCGCUGUCUGGGCAUCGACGUGCUGGUGCUGGCCACGGGCGAGGACCACCGCAGGGCCGCCGAGAGUUGCGCAGCCAUCGCCACAGUCGACCUUCAACCACUUUCUCACCCGUGAAGUUGUCCCCCGCGCCCCUCCCCAGCGCCUGGCAGCCUGGCUUCGGUCUCCGGGGAGCCGCCUGUUGCGGACACUGCAUGUCAGUGGACUCGCGCACGCGGCCUUUCGGGCCUGGCUUCUUUCACAAGCGCGCUGUUUUCCGGGCUCAGCUAUGUUGUAGCGUCUGUCAGCGCUUCACUCCUUUUUACCACCAAAUAACGCUCCAUCGGGUGGACCGCAGCGGAUCCACCCACCCGGCCGCUGACAGACGCUCGGGCUGUUUCCACUCUCGUCUGCUGUGACGCGUGCAGCCGUGAAAGAGCGUAGAGGAGGCCGGGUCACAACGUGGGCUUUUAAUAUGUGGUUUCUUUUAUGAAUUUGAACACAUUCUUCUGGAAGGGGUCCCCAGGCUCACCAGGUGGGUGGCCGGAGCACAGAGCUGGCCAAGGACCCUGGGACUGCAGAGCUGUGGGGCGUCGUCAGCAGUGGCCCUUCCCUCCACACUCCGCACCGCCAGCCGGGUCCUCCCAGCAGCCCCCACCCCCAGUAAUGAGGAAGCUGGGGCCGGAAGAGCAGAGGGGAUCUGCCCGGGGCUGCAGGGGGAAGCCGGGAGCCUCCCGUGCCAGCCCCACGUCUGUGCGAGGAUGUCCACUCUCCCCAGCCCUGGCCCCUCACAGCCGUCUCUUCCGGUCGCUUGGUCCUGGUGCCCAGGGGAGGAGGAUGUGGUCGUGCCUCGGGUGGCUCUGGAUGCCGUCCUUGUCGGAAACCCCUCUGUCCCCAACCAGGGUUGUUUCUAGCUUAUGGGGGCAAGACUAGGACGGCCAGCCUGGCAUCUCGAGGACCGCAGACCAGGCGUCAGUGGUCACGGGACCCAGGGAGGAGGGGCCUUCCCAACUGGCCCCGAGAGUAUCCCGGUCUCAGCAGACGGAAGGCAGGGUUUGGCCCCUAGUCUGCACCCGCACUCCCACGUUACCCUCUGAAGUUUUACAUGAUGCGGCCCAAGGGAGUUGCAGGUGUGAUUUACUUGUCAGCUGACCUCAAAGGGGCCGCCCCGGAGGGAGGACCUUGGAUUAUAUGGGUGGAGCUAGUGUCAUCACGUGAGCCCUUGACAGCAGAAACGGAAGGCAAUCAUCAGACUCAAAGCACAGGAAGGAUUCGGUGUGGGCCGCAGGGCGAGGAGACGGACCUCCAUCCAGCAGCCCCCGGGACUGGAUCCUGCGGCACCGAAGGAGCCUGGAAGUGGGUUCGUCACCAGAGCCGGGCCGCCGGCACCGGAGCACCGGGGGUCCUGUGCGUGAGCCCCUGGGGCCCGCCCGCUCCCACCCCACAGAGCUGAGUGUGAGUUCAUGCUCCAGUGGCUGUGGCCACGUUAGAAAAUCAGUAUAUCUGGGAGCCAGGGGUGCAGCGCUGCUGUGAUGAUGCCUCAGACGCGGGAGAUGGAGCAGCCGGAGAGGCUGGGGAAGUGCUGGGGUCGCGACGGCCCAGACGGAGCAGAGGGGGCAGCAGAGCAGGGGCGGACUGGAGCCGGGGGUUCAGACCUCGGCGCCUGGAACAUCGCAGCCCGUGAGGCCACGGGCCCAGGGCCCUCCCAAGGGGUGUGAGAGGGGGACCGAGGUGCUUAUUCCUGGGGUUGGAGCUGCAGCUCGAGCCCCUGCGUUACAGACGGACUUUACCCACGUCUCCCGUGAGGCUUUUAACUUGUCCCCUCAGCCUUGUGGUCGGAGGUCCCAGGGCCUCGUCCUCAGUGCCCACCCUGCGGGGGUGGGACGGUUUACGGCCACCCGCGAGCGGUGCUGGGGGCAGCAUUCUGGGCCGGGGGCGACUGCGCACUUCUCACACCUGUGAUGGUCUUGGGUGCGGCCGGAGCCCUGAGGGCAUCUUCCGGAGAGGACGUCUCUAGCCGUGGGAGCUGCUGUGUCCCUUUGGCCGUUUACAUUUUCUCUUCCAUGGAUCUUUCCCAAUCACGCGUUUCCCGUCCAGACCCCCUGAGUGGAUGAACUGGCUGUUCGGUAUAGAAGGGCUGUACUGUGGGUUUUGACUCCUGUGAUGAGCGCUGUUAACACUCAAACAUUUUUUAAAGAAAGGCAGCACUGCUGGUGAGGGAAGGGAGGAGGGUCCUGCCACGCGGGGCAGAGGCCCGGGCGCUGUAUCCACGCUUGCGGGCAGUAGACCUUUCAAGGAUGAGCCGGGGCGCCAGCCAAGCCGCACUGAGGUGCACCCUGGGCCUCCUGCUGCUUGGGCUCAAGUGUGAGAGGACGGAGUCUGCUGAGCGAAGAGCCGUCGGCAAAGAAGAGCUGGGGCGUGAUGUCUGGGGAGGUUCUCAGCCCGUCUGGAUGGAGGAAGAUGCCAGCAUUCAGUGGUGGCUUCCCCGGGCGUGGCCUGAGCAAAGCUGGGGGGCACAUGGCCAGGCCGGGCAGCCACCCUGGCAGGAGCCAGACUGAGGAGCAAGUGCACGCACGGACAGUGGCGCAGAGUCUGCCCCGACGGAGCCCCCGCCGCCACCUGCGUCCUCGGCUGGCUCCUUGCAGCAGGUCUCUGUGUGCCUCCAGGCGGUCCUGCUGCUCUGGGGACCCCGACGGAUAGACGUGGGGAGAUAAGCGCGUCCAGAAGAGUCUCCAGGAAGUGAUUUCUGAGCGGUUCUGGGGUCUCUGGGUCUGAUCUGCUAAUCUGGUAGACUUAGGGCACUGAGGACCGGUCUGCAGGGGUAAAGAGGCCACUGGUGGGCCAUGCUGUGAUGUGGCCAAGCUCCUCGGAACAUGGCUGGGGUUCCCCGUGGAGGCCCUGCAGAAGGAGAGCCCAAGGGGCUGGCCAGUGGCCGGGAGGGCCCAGGAGGAAGCCCCUCAGUCCUGGGGCGGCGGUGCUGAGGCAGCUCAGAACCACACUCGGGGCUCCAUCCCGUGAGCCGCUGGGUGACAACACACAGGUCACACUCGCGGUCGCUGCUUCACCGUCCAUUCUGCCAGUCUCGUCGGCAGGAAGUCACAUCUCGCUGCGCUUUCGCUCGCCUUCCUCCGAAUAUCAGUGAAGCUGAGCACCCUUCCACGCGCUCGUUCGCUGCCUGUGCCCCUGUCCUGUGGGGUGCCCCAGGCAGAAAGUAGCAGGCCUGACCCUGGGCUGGGAAGGCCCGCUGGCACCGAUGGUCCUGCCGGUAAACAGCUGGUGGAAAACUUGCCCCGAUGGUGGGAGGGGCUCAUUGUGCCCCAGCUGUCCAGACAGCGUGGUCUGCCUAGACGCCUGCUUCCCUUCCGGGUUGCAGAGGGUGCCUGGGUGACUGAACCGCGGCGCACACCACGGGUGCUGAGUCACUAAUGCAUCUGCCCGGUGACGCGUGUUGCGGUGGCCGGCGCAGGGGGGACUCAGCACAGGCCGACUCCACCAGGCAGGCUCCGGGGCUUGAGUGGUUUCCUCUGUGCUUUGCCCAGGUGCUUUCCGUAAGCUGGUUCUGCUUUCUGUCCUUCCCUGAUGGUGUGCUGAGUCCUUCCAGCGAAUCCCCGGACCUGGGGAUGGUGUGGGGACCCCGCUGCUGCUCCGUCCUCCCCCCUCUGGCCUCAGUUCAUCUUGGCAUCUGCAGGGGGAGCCCCACCUCGCUCCCCCUCCGCCUGCACCUUCCCGUGGUGGUCCGGAAACAGCCCCUCCGUGGGCUUUGCUUGGAUCUCGUUGACACUGUGAGCCAGGGUGGGGACAGUGACGUGUCAUCACGUCGAGUCCUCUGUGCGUGAGUGUUGGUCUCGCUCUUCUGCGAGGGUUCCACGCACGUUUUGUAAGCUCUCCACGAAGCCCUGCCACGUCUGUGAGGUUUCACCCCAGGAACCUUCUGCUUUGUUGCCACGACGCGCGGUGCUGCUCGCUUUUCUGCGGCUACACAGAACUGCGGUGGGCCUUUAGUUCUUAGCUGGCCGAGCGUUGAUCUUACAUCUGGACACCUUGCAAAAGUCUCCUAAAUUCCACUGAAUCGACUCAGUUCUUGGGGUUCUCUUUGUGGACAUAUCUUCUGCAAACAGGUUGGUUUCAUUCCUUCCUCUCCAGUCUGUAUGGGUCUUCUUUCUUUCCCUUAUCCUGUCCCAGUGGUCGAGGCCUCCAAGGUGGGGUUGACUAGGGGGUGACCGUGGCCGUCUGUCUCAGUUCUGACUUGACAGGGAAUGUUUCUCCGUGAACCACGGUGGUUGCCAGGCCCCCACACCAGGCUGGGGAGGCUCCCCGGGUGCCAUAUCCGCUGCACGUUUCAUCAUGAAAGAAGCUGAAUCCUACCUGAUGCUUUCUCCGCAGCCAUUGAGAGCAUCCCUGUGACCUGUGCACGUGACGAACCUUUUCAGUCUGGACCCAGCCUAGCCAGCAUGUCACGUGGCUGGGUCUGCCUCCAGGACCGUGUCUGACACAGAACUUCUCUUCCUCACCAUCUUCUCUUCCACCUCAUAAACAAGCUGGGAGUUUUUCCUCCUCUCUGCUUUCUGCUGCUUUGAGUAACAUUUAGAUUAUCCUCUCAAACAUUGGCCGACUUCCUGCAAGGCCUCCUCAGCCUGGUGUUUCAGGGGGGAGGCGUUUCCAGGAGUCUCUGAUUCUUUCUUAUUUAGUAGUUUUAGGACUACUUAGUUGUCUGCAUCUUCUUGAGUCACUUGGUAGUCCGUACCUCUUUCUGGAUGUGCCCAUUUCACAGAGUGUUUCACGUACGCGGUGGUGUCCGGCUCCGCUGUGAAAGCUCUGCGGUACCUGCAGGUGGUCAGCUUCAUUCUGAUUGCUGCUCGCUCGUGCUCCCCCUCUUUCCUGAUCGCACAGAGGUUUGUCAAUUUACUAAGUCUUUUCAAAUAACUAGCAUUUGGCUUUGUUGAUCCUUUCUAUUUCAUUCUUGUGUUUUUUGUCUCAUUAAUUUCUCUUCUUAUCUUUACAGUUUCCUUCCUUUUGCUUGCUUGGGGUUAUUUCCAAGUGGAGUGUUUAGCUCUUUAAUUUUCAGCCUUUAAAAUUUUAUGAUGUAAACAUUCAAGGCAAUAAAUUUUUCUUGAAGUCCAUUUUCGCUGCAUUUCAUCCGUUUUGAUAUGUAGUAUUUUCAUUACUUUUUCGUUUUAAUAAUUUUUGGGCGUCUGUUAUAAUUACUUACUUGACUUGAGUUCUCUGAAAGGCUGUUUUUCAGUUUCAGAAAGCUUGGGGUUUGGGAGCUUUUUAGUUAUCUUUUAAAAAUCAAUUUCUCACCUAUCUGAAUUGUAGCCUGUAUACUGCUGAUUUAGAUAUCUGUGAAGACUUGCUUCGUAGUCAAGCAGAUGAUCCUUUUUACAAAUGUUCCAUGUGGCUUUAAAAGGCCACAGUCUCCUCCAGCCAUGUUCCUUUCCCUCUCUUGCUCUCACACGCUCAGUAGGUCAAGCUUACUUAAUGUUUGCUCAAGUCUUGCAUAUCUUGUUUGGUUGUUUUUCUGCCUGCUUCUAUCGAAGACCUCGACAGUGGGUUCACCAAGUUCUCCUUGUAGUCAUGUCAGUAUCUGCUUAAUAUGUUUUAAAGUUGUUAUUAGGUGCACAUGCAUACAACUUUUAGAAUUCUUAUAUCUUCCUGUUGAGUGAAAUCUUUUACAAUUAUGAGGUGAACCUCUUUGGCUCUAGUACUGCUCUUUGCAGUAAAGUCUAUUUGAACUAAUAUUAAUACCAUUUCUCCAGCAUUCUUUGGUUAGUAUUUGUAUAUCCUUUUCUCACCCUUUUGCUUUCAACCUUUCUUUGCUCUUAUUAGGUGUAUUACUGUACUUACAAACUGCUUCUAGAUGGACUUUUAAAAAUCUAGUCUGACAGUCUUUGCUUUUCAACCAAUUUAAUCCAAACCAAGUUUAAUCCAUUUACAUUUAUUGUAAUUACUGAUAUAAUUUGUGUUUAGUUGUACUAUAUAACUUGUGCUUUCUAUUUCUCCUACUUCUUCUGAUCUUUUUUCCCUUUAUUUCCUAUAUUUUUUUGUCUUUUUCAUCCUUGUUUCUAUUUUUUUCCUCUAUUAGUUUGAAAGUUAUAAAUUCUAUUUCUGUUCUUUUAGUGAUUGGCCUAGAAAUUUUAACAUUUAUUUCUGAGUUGACAAUGUCUAAAGUUAAAAUUAAUCCAGGGAUUUUAGGUCAAUUUAGCUUUCUUGCCUGCUUUCCGUUUUACCUGCUAUUAUUUUCCAGUAUUUUUAACACAUUGUGGUUUUUCUUAGUUCUAAAAAUUAGACAUCAUUAAAUCUGUUUUAUGUAUUCUGUCCCUUUUCGAGUUUAUGAUGUAUGGACAUGCACAUGCACUCCAAGAAAAAGCAGGCUCUUUUUCACUAAAAGAACUUCCUUUGCUAUGACCUUUCAUUGGGGCCAUUUUUCCCUGAAAACUCUGUUUCCUCUGUCUUCUGAAAAAGAAUGUUGCAGGGUUUAUAGCUAUAGCUUGACAGAACUCCGAUAAGAGUCCACUGUCUCUUGCACCUGUCAUUGCUGUUGGGACGUCUGCCUUCCGUUCUUGUCACUCCUGGUUUUACUCUCGACUGCCCUUUUGUUUGGGUCUUUCUUCAUAUUUACUUCAGUUGUGUGUGUUUGUUUUUAAUUUUGCUUUUUUAUUAAUCACAUAGAUAUAUAUUUGUUACCACUACGAAGUAACCACUUGCUUAUUGCUUUUUUUUAAUUGUGGUAAAAUAUAUAUAACAUAAAAUUGAUCAUUUUAACCGUAUUUAAGUGUACGAUUCAGUGGCAUUAAGUGCAUUCACAGUGUGUGCAACUGUCACCACUGUCCAUAUCCAGAGCUUUUUCAUCGUCUCAAACAAAAACUCUAUAUGCAUUAAGCAAUCAUUCUCCUCUUCCCCCUCCCACAGCCCCUGGUAACUACUGUUUCACUUUCUGUCUCUGUGAAUUUGACUCCUCUAGGGACCUCAUGUAAGUGGAAUCACAUAAUGUUUGUCCUUUUGUGUCUGGCUUAUUUCAGUGAGCAUAAUGCCCUCAAAGUCCAUCCAUGCUGUAGCACAUGUCAGCAUUUGCUUCCUUUUUGAAGCUGGAUAAAUUCCAUUGUACAUUGUGUGUGUGUG